AUGGUUGAUAUGAACACCUCAGUCUUCCCAGAAAGCGACGAUUUUUCACAGGAACAGAUCACAUGUUUCGUGGUUUCUCUUGUAUCAUUUACCAUCCUCCUAAGCCUUUUUCUUCUUCUUUGUGUUGCCCUCAAGGAAAAGCUGAAGUCUCUUCUUGAAUUCGACAUUAACAGAUUACAAGCUAAACCAGAUAGCAACUUGCAUGCCGUAAAAAUAUCUACUGAACCGAAUGCAAUCACAUUUGGAAACGAAAAAUUGGAAGCACCUGAAUGUAAAUCAACAAGCAAUUGCAUUUGGAAAUGUACUGUAGUGAUUGCAACGACUAUUUUAAUCUUGAUAUAUAUGUUUGAUUUCUUCCAAGAUUUGUACAUGAUUUACUAUUGGGUGGGGCGUAAGGAGAAGAUAGCCGCUCUCAUAUAUUUAGCCUUAACUAUUAUUCCGACAAUUCUGUCAUAUUUCUUGGUGCUUUAUCCUCUUUUGUACCACGUUGAUUCAUCAAAUAAACGCCGACGAUUAGUGCUCGUAUUGCUUGCAUGUUUUCCAUUUCUGAAAAGCUGCAUUUUAUUUUGGACUAUUCUAAUUGGUUGGAAACGCUGGAGAGCGAGAUGGUAUUUACAAGCUUUGACGUUUCUUUGGCUGAUUGAAGCUUCUCUCGAGGGAAUUCCUCAGACGAUUUUAUUGUGGUUUAUUAAGUAUGAAAAUAAAGAUCUAAACAUCGAUUUUUACAACACACAGGAUAUUUCUUUAGUCACUAAUUUCGUCUCUUCCUUGCUAAGUGUGUUUUUUGCCACGAAAUACCUAAAUAAAGAUGAAGACCGAAGACUUGAGCAUUCACAAAGAACUAUUGGAAAGUCUUACAAAAAUAAAUGCAGAAUGUAA